AUGUGUCGUAACUACACAUCCAAGUCAGAUGCUGCCCGCAUUCAAUCUAGCCAGGCAAAGUCUGGGGGUGAUAUGUCCUCCGGCGGAUUCGCAGCUCGCGCACAAAGUGCUGGUGAUCGAAACGUGAAGUCGGAGUCCGCAUCUUUUAUCAGCUACUCGAGCGAACAGUCCUUCAAGGGCCAGGGAACACCCGCCAGCAGCAAAAGCCCUACAUCGGGUAGUGAGAAGAAAUAG